AUGAAGGACUAUAGACCCAUUUCAUGUUGCAAUGUAAUCUACAAAGUGAUCUCAAAGAUAUUGGCAAACAAAUUGAAGCUCCUCUUGCCUACUUUCAUUGCUGGAAACCAGUCCGCUUUUGUUAAAGAUCGUCUACUGAUUGAGAACGUUCUUUUAGCUACUGAACUUGUAAAGGACUACCAUAAAGGCACCAUUUCCCACCGGUGUGCCAUCAAAAUAGAUAUAUCUAAGGCUUUCGAUUCUGUGCAGUGGCCUUUCCUUCGGAAUGUUCUCACUGCUUUAGAUCUCCCGCAAGAGUUUGUUCACUGGAUUAUGCUUUGUGUUAAAACAGCUUCGUUCUCGAUUCAAGUCAAUGGAGAACUUGCAGGUUUUUUUAACAACUCGAGGGGUUUAAGACAAGGUUGCUCUCUCUCCCCUUAUUUGUUUGUGAUUGUCAUGGAUGUGUUGUCUCGGUUGUUGGAUAAGGAGGCUGGACUUACUUUCGGAUACCAUCCCCACUGCAAAGAUCUUGGCGUUACUCACCUGAGCUUUGCAGAUGACAUCAUGGUGCUGUCUGAUGGACAGGUGCGGUCUAUUGAAGACAUUGUCUCGGUUUUUGAAAAGUUUGCGAAGAUUUCGGGUUUGAGGAUAAGUAUGGAGAAGUCGAUAAUAUAUUUGGGAGGGUUGAAUGAGUUUGAACGCCAAGAAGUAAUGAACAGCUUUAGUUUUGCAGUAGGUCAGCUCCCGGUGAGAUAUUUAGGUUUGCCCUUGGUCACUAAACGUCUCACUGAGUCGGAUUACGCGCCCCUUAUUGACCAGAUAAAGCAGAAAAUUGGUUCUUGGACAGCUCGUUUCCUGUCUUUUGCUGGUAGAUUGAAUUUGAUACAAUCAGUGUUAUGGAGCAUCUGGGGGGACUCGUUGUGGGUCAAAUGGCUAACAACCACUCUUCUUAAGCGGAAAAAUUUUUGGUCACUUCCCCAAUCCACUACUGCUGGGUCCUGGAUGUGGAGGAAGUUACUAAAACUUAGGCCUCUGGCGGCAAGGGAGAGAGGUGUUAUUGAGUUGGGGAUAAGUAUUCAUAUGACAGUGGCAGAUGCUUGGGGUACACGGCGUCAACGAAGACACCGACUCCAAAUAUUGACUCAGAUCGAAGCAGAAAUUGAUUCAACACGAGACCACAGAAACGCCAACGAGGAUGUUGUCCUUUGGAGAGGGAAAAAUGAAAAGUUUCAUCCAAAUUUUUCAACUAAAGAGACUUGGAAGCAGAUACGUAAUCCGGUUGCAGAGGUGAACUGGCACAAGGGCGUCUGGUUCAGUCACUGCACGCCAAAACACUCUUUCUGUACUUGGCUGGCGGCCCAAAAUAGACUCUCAACAGGGGAUCGAGUAGCGCAAUGGUCUCGCAUCGACCCGGGGAAUUGUGUUUUCUGCAACAACACUGCAGAGUCUCGUGACCAUUUGUUUUUCUCAUGCCAUUUUUCCUCAGAGGUAUGGCAAGCUUCUGCAAAGAAUAUUUAUAAGAACUGUUUCUCCACAAGCUGGAACUCAGUGGUUGAUGCAGCGUGUAGUAACUGGCCAGAUCAAAAGAUUUGCUAUCUAGCCCGUUCUGUUCUUCAGGCAACGGUAUACACCCUUUGGCAUGAGAGAAAUGGGAGGAAGCACGGCGAACCACCAAACCCUCCCUCUCGACUUAUUCAACAAAUUGACAAGCAGAUCAGGGAUCAACUUUUGGCGAUAGCACUCAUGGGGAUCGGCGUUACGAGGACGGUUUACUCAUAUGGCUAG